AACUUGCGUGGAAGUCACCCGUCAACAGUUAACGUACCGACACGCUCAAAAAAAUGAUACUUUCCUAAUUAAAACCUGACGUACUUAAGCCUGGACGAAGUAAAUCCAUCAUUCCAUUUUUAAAUAAUAGAAUAUUCUUUAAAAUAUUCUCAUUAGGUGAAACUCUUAGUGUUCCUCAAAGCUUCUCGGCCUGUGUUAGCUUAAUUUAGCAUAGCUUAGCUUGCUAACAAAGGAGACGAGUUUGUUCAACGAAUCCACUCAAAGAUCAGCUUUGAAAAUGCGCGCAAAACAGACAGUAAAGUGCGAAGAGGAAUGUUGUGGAACAAAAGAAGAGACCGCGCGACAAUGUCAAGUGCUGGAGGCGGAUUGCGAGAGGCCUCCACUUGUGCUACACGGAGCAGACAUCAGUGAAAAAGAUCCUGGUCCCAAACAGCCGAAGAUGGAGUUUGCUGACAUUAAAGAGGAGAAAACUUCAGAGCCCAUUCAAGUCAAAACAGAGGAGCGGCCGCAGGGAGCACACAUUAAAGAAGAAGAGGAUUUCACAGAGUUGCCCGUGACCGGUGUCCAUUUGAAGACUGAAAACGAAGGUCACUACGGGGAGGAGAACGGAGGGACCAAGCCUCCAAGCAGCAGCUCAAAUCAACAAAUAAAAACAGAAGCCGAUGGAGGGUCAGAAGCAGACCGCCUGUUAGCUCCACUAUCAGAUAGCGACGACAUAGAGUCCGACUCCCCUGACACUGAUGAUGAUGAAGAGCAUGAUAGGAGCCCCAACAAGCGCUGGAAAUGUUCUCAGUGCGGGAAAACGUUUGUCUACAAGUCUCUUUGGAAAAUUCACAUGAUUGUCCACACUGGAGAAAAACCUUUUACUUGCUCAGUUUGCGGUCGGAAAUUCUCUCAAAAGGGAAGCUUGAGGAGACACGCGUUAACACACACGGAAAAGAAAGCUUUUGCCUGCUCGCUUUGCGGUCAACAAUUCUCUCAAAAAGGAAACUUAAGAAGACACGCGAUAACGCACACGGGAGAGAAAACGUUUUCCUGCUCAGUUUGCGGUCUACGGUUCUUUUAUCGACACACUUUGACCAAUCACGCAAGAAGGCACACUGGUGAGAAAGCCUUUGGCUGCUCAGUGUGCGGCCAGAAAUUCUUUCAAAAGGUGCACUUGAUUUCACACACGAGAACGCACACGGGAGAAAAGCCUUUUGCGUGCGCAUUCUGCAAUCGCCGCUUCUCUGUCAAAGGAAAUUUACGAAUACACACGAGAAUACACACUGGGGAAAAACCUUUUUCCUGUUCAGUGUGCGGUCAGAGGUUCUCGGAGAGCCGCGUUUUGACAACACACAUGAGAACGCACACCAGAGAGAAACCUUUUGCCUGCUUGGAUUGUGGCAAGUGUUUCUCCACAAAGGCAAACUUAAAAACACACACAAGAACACACACGGGUGAGAAACCAUUUGCCUGCUUAGUUUGCGGGCAAAGAUUCUGCGAGAGGCGCACUUUAACCACACAUACCAGAACACACACUGGAGAGAGACCGUUCGCCUGCUCGAUAUGCGGCAAAAGAUUUUCUUCGCGGAGAUACUUUCAAGCGCACACCAGAACGCACACUGGUGAGAAACCUUUUGCCUGCUCAGUCUGCGGUCAACGAUUUGCUCACCAAGGCAACUUAAAUCGUCACACGAAAUCGCACAGCGGGGAGAAACCUUACACCUGCUCGGUGUGUGGCAAAGGAUUCCCCAGAAAAGAAACAUUUACGGCGCACACCAAAACACACACCACCUGUUCAGUUUGUGGUCAAAGUUUCUCUCGUAAAGAUCAGGUAAAAAGACAUAUUUGCGCCGGUGAAAGUCGCAGAGAUCUUUGAAGCGCAAAAGAAAAAUAGACGUCUGCCAUUUUGAGAGUCGUUUCAAUGACCUGAAAUCAUUUACUUGUAUUUUAUCUGCUUGCAUUCUAUGUGCUCGUGCUAAAGAACUUGGAGUCCUAAAAGUGUCAAUGUGAUCGUCAAUAAAAUACAAUUUUCCAGA